UUUAUCUGAGAACCUCAUUGCACCAAAGGAUCUCAUCAUUUCCGCGUACAACACAGAUUCUAUCCCCAGGGUAGCCAAAGACGCUGGCAUAGAGAUUCGCCAUGGAAAUCUUACCGACUCGUCGACAUAUUGAAAUCUUAUGCUGGUGCCGAUGCUCUGUUUCUCGUCUGGUACCCUUCAGUAAGCGAGGAACGCUUUGCCCUUCAUCGUACUGCGAUAGACGCAGCAAAGAAAGUAGGUGUAAAACAUGUUAUUUACACUUCUUUGACAUGGGGAGGACUAGUGGGGGAUGAGCCGAGUGUUGCCGGUGUCUUGCAAGCACAUAUUAAGACUGUGUAAUAUUUGAAGCAAAGUGGAUUGACUUGGACCAUUGUUCGAGAGGGAACCUAUGCACAUCUGUGGAGUAAUAUGGCGGGGUUUUUGAAGCUGGAUGGUCCCAUUGAUGAAGUGCAAGAAGCGGUUAUUCCAGGAGAUGGACUAAACGCUUGGGUGAAUAGGGAGGAAUUGGGCAUUGCGACGGGGAGAAUUGUUGGAAACUGGGUAUGCUAUUUAUCUUAUCGUGGAGCCUUUCUAAUUCUCGCUGACGUUUACCACCAAUAGGAAAAUUACAUUAACAAAACUGUGACUUUGACAGGUCAACGUACAUAUACCAUGCGUCAGAUCAUUGAUCUUUACGUCGCUCACACAGGCAAAAGAGUCAAUUUUCGCGUUCUUCCAGUUGACGAGGUGAUCAAAUAUCAUAUCAAACACAAAAUUUUGCCACCGGGGCAAGAAAGCUUUCUGUCAAACUGGGUGACCAUGCAUAAAGCUUGGGAGCUUGGUGAAGCUGAUUAUGUAGACCCGUCUUUGGGGGAUAUUCUGGGACGUCCGCCAAAGACAUUGGAAGAUCAGGCGGAUGAAAUCUUUAGCGAAGGGAAUAAGUUGGAUACAAAGGACUUUGCCAAAGUCUGAUGGGUGAAAUGUUUCGUAUUCAGCUCUCAUUUAUGGAGGUAAAAGAACGCAAGCUUCUUGACAG